GCAACAGUCGGUCCAACGUGUCCGAAGGAUCAUCGUCGUCAUCAUUGCAUCAGUGUACAACACUACACAACAGCGCUGGGACUUCAAGUUCAUCUGGCUAACGUUCAUAACCUUGCAACACCCUGUAUCCCAUUUUGCGAGACACUCUGUACGCUCCGCAACUAUACCAACCGCUAUGAGCUUCAUCUACAUGACAGAGACGACGACGGGCAGGAUGUCAGCACAUUCUUUCAUGAAAACGGACGCUACCUUGCCGGUGUACUUCGACAUUUCGGAUUUCCGUUACGCUUUUAUGUUUUGCUGAAGGCGGAACUCGGUCGACAUACGCCUGAGGAUGAGAUCAUAUUUGUCACUCAAUUUAUUCCUUCGAGUGUGCAUACGCUGUGGUCCGAACGAGACGUAGAACGUGCUGUCAUUGAAGUAGGCACUGAAGUCACCAACAAUUUAGAAAAGCUUGAAAUGCAAGGGUCGGGAUUUUUCUUAUUUCGAAUUCACGCCUGCAUUCUUCAUGUCGGUCGUCUCGCACCACAGCUCAUUGGUUGUACCGACUUUGAAUUGCCAAACGAAUUGAAAAAAAAGUGUCGGUGUCUUCUGAGUGUCGACCUUCACGAGGAUAGUGAACAGAACAUGUGUUUCGCAUUUUGCGUACUUGCCGGUCUACAUCCUGCAAAGGGUUCUUACAGACGCAGAGCUUCAUCCUACAGGUCAUACCUGUCUCAAUAUGUAUUUCCAGAGACGUUUCCUGUAGUGUUCCCGAAAGAUGUAGAAAUGUUUGAGAAGCAGAACGAUGUGAGCAUUAACGUGUACGGUUAUGACAAAGAUGAAAAAUAUGUUUACCCGAUUAAGGUUGUUGACGACCAGUGCAAGAAGCAUGUCGACCUACUGCUGAUUGACUUCCAUUUUGUACUCAUUACUAAUUUCAAUGCUUUGUUCACACCACCUGGUUAUUUUCACUGCAAACGGUGUACGAUGGGUUUCACCACCCCGGGUGUACUCGCCGAUCAUCUACUAAUGUGUAAACAACAAAAAGUGUCCAAGACUAUUUUUCCAAAGAAGGGUGAGACACUGUCGUUUGCCGGAGAGCAUUUGAUGUCGGAAGUUCCCUUCUACUGUGUAUACGACUUUGAGAGUGUACUAUCACCGUGUUCGGGAGGCGGGAAUGUCUACGAGGAACACAUCCCUUCAUCCUUCUGUCUCCUCGUCAUACGCUCGUGCGAUUCGUAUGUCUUGAAGAAACAUAUUUACCGUGGUGCAGACUGCGUUUCCGUUUUCAUGGAACUAUUGCGUAAUUUGCAUGAUGAGCUGUAUGCGAUGUUGCACGAGACUGUGCCCUUGCAAAUGACCCCAGGAGACGAACUCGAACAUUCUGAAGCCACUCACUGUAACAUCUGUAAAGAACCAUUCACUAAGAAGCAGAAAGUGCGAGACCAUGAUCACGUAAGUGGAGAAUUUCGCCAAUCAUUGUGUCAGGGAUGUAAUCUGAAACUGUGGAUACCACGGAAGGUGCCCAUCAUUGCACAUAAUGCCAAUUAUGACCUCGGAUUCAUAGUAGCUCAUCUGCACCUGCUUCGGAAGACAGACAUCAGAGUGAUAGCCUCCAGUUGUCAAAAGUUUAAGGCUAUAGACAUUGGUGUGUUCCGCUUCAUAGACUCGUUAAGCUUCCUCAAUGCUAGUCUCGACACACUGACGAAAAAUCUAUGUGACAAAGGUGAAUCUAACUUCAGGUGUCUGCGUCAGUUUUUCGCAGAGGAGGACUACUUCAGGUUGGUUGUACGUAAAGGGGUUUUCUGUUAUAACUACGUUACCUCUUUUGAACGUUACGACCAACGUUUGCCAUCACGUGACCAGUUCUUUAACCAACUGAACGGAUCAGAAGUGAGCGAGGAAGAUUACCGCCAUGCGCAAAAUGUGUUUGAAAAAUUUCAACUGAAGAGCCUGGGCGAGUACUCGGAUUUGUACCUUCUGACGGACGCAUUGCUUCUGGCAGACGUGUUUCAAAACUUCCGAAUAUGGGCGUUGGAGACGCACAAAAUUGAACCACUUCAUUUCGUGUCACUCCCGGGACUAAGCAUGUCUUGCGCACUAAAAAUGAGCCGGAUUAAUCUGGAUUUAAUCCACGAUCCCGAUGCCUAUCUGUUAAUUGAACGGGGCCUGCGUGGUGGUAUGACCCAGUGUUCAACGCGAAUGGCCACUGCAAAUGUCCCAGGGACAGAUCAGUACGAUCCCGAAAAACCAAAGACCAUAAUUCAUUACAUGGACAUAAAUGGACUCUAUGGCACAGUGAUGCGUGAACCACUCCCAUUCGGAGACUUUGAAUGGCUGUCACCCGAAGAGGUUGCAGGUUUAGAUGUAACCCUUGUUGCAGAUUAUGCAGACGUUGGUUAUUUUUUAGAGGUAGACCUGGCCUACGUACAAGAGCUCCACGAACGACAUAAAGAUUUAGCGCUCGCGCCAGAAAAAAUGAGCGUCCCGUAUGAGUUGCUUUCGGAUUAUCAGAAAGACCUGAUGAAAAAAUUUAACCUCCCACAGCAUGAUAUAGAACCGAAAUUACUCCUUACACUGCUUGACAAGAAGAAGUAUUUUCUUCAUUAUCGCAGUCUAAGGUUGUACCUACAGUUGGGUCUUCGGCUCGAGAAAAUUCACCGGGUGCUCAGGUUCAAACAAAAACCAUUCCUGCGAUCCUAUGUUGACUUCCAUCAUGAACUACGCAAGCAGGCAACCAAUACCUUCGAACGUAACCUGUACAAGUGUUUAAUUAACUCCGUAUAUGGGAAAACAUGUAUGAAUGUACGAAAGUUCGUCGACUGUCGCUUAGCAACUUCCGAGGAGCAAGUGUUGAGAUUCUUGCGUAAACCGAACCUCAAACAAUUCAGGGCUCUAAGCUCUAACGUAGUCUUGUUUCAGUUCGCUCAAUCGAUAGUCCGUAUGCGACAGCCUCUGUACCUGGGGUUCACUAUUCUCGAGCUGUCUAAAGUCAUGAUGUAUGACUUUUAUUAUAACAACUUGCUUCGGGUAGCCCCGGACACAAGGCUCUUGUAUAUGGACACAGAUUCUUAUAUCGUGAUGCUGAGCGAUGAGAAGGCCCUUGCGGAGCUCGCCGAUACCCACCUUGAUACAUCUGGUCAUUCUUGUGAUGACUCGAUGUAUUCUACGAAAAACAAGAUGGUGCUAGGAAAAUUUAAGAACGAAAUGCCCCACGACCACAUCCUAGGGUUCUGUUGCCUGAAACCAAAGCUCUAUGCACUAGACCUCCAUAGUAAAAGACGAUACAAUCGUGCUAAGGGGGUGAAACAAUGUGAAGCCCAGAAGUUGCAUUAUUCAAUGUACAUAGACUCUCUUAAGCUUGGUGAAGUGUACAAAGUUUGUCAGAACCUCAUUGUGUGCAAGGAAAAUAUAAAUAAAAGUGUAUGUGUUACGAAAGUAGCUUUAAAUCCCCUAGACACAAAGCGUUUCAUUUGUGAGGAUGGUAUCCACACGUUGCCCUUUGGGUACGCAUCCAAUGGAAAGAUGUAGACAGUUUUUAUGCAUAUGUUGCCCUACCUGGCUGUUGUUGUUGUAAUGCUGUUUUUUAUAUAUAUAUAUAAGAUUGUGCCUGUAACGACAUGGAAAUAAAUACAAUUUUAUUGUGUCAAAGUACACUGCAACAUGACAUGUUGUCUGUCUUUCUUGGGAAUUGCUUCCGUACAAGGACGGGUACCAGCUUGUCGUUCAGUGUGAAGUUCGUUGACGAAAAUCUCUGAGUGCACUCUCGGAGCGAGAAUCCACAAGCGAGCAUGCUGCCUACAUACAGGCAGUAGAGGCCACAUGUAGCUGAUCCAUAGCCCUGAAGUCUUUUCUUGUUAUAGUAAAAUGACCUGGUAGGAUGAAUGAAUUGGUAGAAUUCUUUGUAGACGGGCUGAAUGCCGUAACUAUCAAAAUACGUAACUACAUUGUCACCGGAAACAUAAGUCAUGGUCCAGUGUUCACCGUUACUGCUC